CGCCGCUUGCCGUUUAAGCCUGUACGUGGCAGUCAGAGAGCUGUACACAGCAGCUGAGGCUGGAUGCGGCUCCUCUCCUGCAACACUUCACUCAUUCAAACGGACAUCCCGCACUCAUUCAGGAUAUACUGAAGCGAGGACGCUUUUCACAUCGUCAGACUUGGUGUGAUUCCCGCUACGAAACAUCUGAAACAUGUUUACCGUGUCGGAGCUGGUUGUCUUGCUGGCCGUCCUGUCUGCUACUGCGUCCGGCUACUUCGUUAGCAUAGACGCCCAUGCCGAGGAAUGCUUCUACGAACGGGUCAACUCAGGCACAAAGAUGGGCCUCAUGUUUGAGGUUGCCGAAGGCGGAUUUCUGGACAUCGAUGUUGAGAUAACAGGGCCGGAUGGCAAGCAGAUUUAUAAAGGUGACAGAGAGUCCAGUGGGAAAUAUUCCGUGGCAGCACACAUGGACGGAACCUACAAGUUCUGCUUCAGCAACAAGAUGUCAACCAUGACACCCAAGAUCGUCAUGUUCACGAUCGAUAUUGGAGAGGCUCCAAAAGGCCAGGAUAUGGAGACAGAAGCCCACCAAAACAAGCUGGAGGAGAUGAUCAACGAACUGGCUGUUGCCAUGACGGCUGUGAAGCACGAGCAGGAGUACAUGGAGGUUCGCGAGAGGAUACACAGAGCAAUCAACGACAACACAAACAGCAGAGUGGUGCUGUGGUCGUUCUUCGAAGCUCUGGUCUUGGUGGCGAUGACACUCGGACAGAUUUACUACCUGAAGAGAUUUUUUGAAGUACGGCGAGUGGUGUAGUGCGAUUAAAUGAUCCCUGUGUGUCCUCCGCUGUUUUCUCCAACACCGAGACAGUUAUUUACACUCUGCAAACGAGACUGUCAGUUUUGAGUAAAGCCUACAUUUGAUUGGAUCACAGAUGUUUUUUUUUUUUCUCCUGUCACCUUUUUGGUUCCUUCUUAAAAAUUGUAAUUAGUGUUUGUUUGGAGCGAAUGGCCAAAGGAUUGUGGGAUAGAUUUGGUUUCAUUAGUUCUUCUUUUUUUAAAAUGUUUCACAGAUAUUUUUUUGUCCGAUACUGUUUGAUGAAAGCAUCAGUUACUAGCCAGUUCAGUUUUGUCUGUGUGAAUGACUGUGAAGCUCAUAAGUUUAAGCAAAUGUGGACAGAUGAAGAAAGACUUAGAAAUGCACAUAAAUCAAUAGGCAUGUGUGGCGUCUCCACGGGAGAAUGUAGCCCUUAUUAAGACAUAAACGGGACCCUUUUCGUAUGAUCAUAACAAGAAAAAAAAAAAAAAGCAUUGGAUUUUUUUGUCUGGGAUGUCGGAGGUUUUAUGUCUCAGCCAAGUCAGACGAUCUACUGGCAGAUAUGAGCUACCUGUACAUCUUUAACAACAAAUCGCACUCCUGAUGGAUACGUUUAAAUACCUGAAGGACUGGCACUGCAGCUGGUCUCUAAGGGAAACUGUACAGCUUCUAGUUCUGUCUGUUGAUUGGCGCCUCGGCGGGCUUCAGUUGGCACCCUUUGCGGGGAAACUGUGUAACCACAGGCUGAUUUGAAUCUCCAAACACUUUCCCUUAGCAGUAAGACGUCGAGGAGCUGAGGUUUAUUUUUAAACUGAACUACUUGGGGUGCAACUCCAAAGUGUAGAGGAAUACUGAAAUACAUGUUACAUGUUGAUUGAGGUUGGCUGGGUGGGUGGGGGGUCUGACACCUAAUUACUGCUGUGUGCUUUAGUUGCUUCUACUAUACUUAUUUUGUUGGGGUUGGGGAUUUUAAAUUAUAUGAUUGUAUACAAUUUUGAACUGUUUGUUUUUCUGGAGCAUAUCCUGCGACAUGCAACUGUUUGGACGGUGCCUUUCAAAUGGGUAUCUUUGACCUUUUUUCUAUCCUCACACAAGGUAGGAACGUGAAUCCAAGGCAGUAGCUUCACAUCUGGCACACACAGCUGCAACACCUGAAGUGUUGCCUGUCGCUGAAUGUGCUCCAGUUUUGUAUCAGAAACAAUCUUUGGUGAGCUCAGGCGGGUAAACUGCUCUGAGCAUGGUCUCCUCAAGUUUGUGAUCCCAAUAACGUCUGCUCAGUGGAUCUGUACAAAUGUAGAAAGGUUGUCUGUGGAAAAUGCCCCAGGUUUCAUAAUAAAGCCAAUAUUCUGUA